GAACUGCCCCUGGAGGAGACUCAGCACACAGGGAGGAGGCUCCUCAGAGCUGACACUCAGGAGCAGCUGUGCUGGGAGCAUUUCUGGGGCCCAGCCUCUUCUCUCAGAGGGAGGACACAGCAGGCAGCAGCCCCCAUGGAGCCCCCCUCACCCCUUGUCCUCAGAGGGUGUGUCCCCUGGCAGAAGCUCCUGCUGGCAGUCUCUCUCAUAGCCUUCUGGACCCUGCCCUCCACCGCCCAGCUGACUGUGGAGUCUGUGCCGGCCAACACGACCGCCCAGCUGACUGUGGAGUCAGCGCCGGCCAAUGCUGCUGAAGGAGAAGAUGUUCUCCUCCUUGUCCACAAUUGGCCUGAGAACACUAUAGGCUUCAGCUGGUUCAAAGGGGAAAGUGUGGAGUCAGCCCAUCAGAUUGUAGGAUAUGAAAUAGCCACACAACAAACGACCACUGGGCCUGCACACAGCGGCCGAGAGACACUAUACACCAAUGGAUCCCUGCUGUUCCAGAAUGUCAGAAAGAAUGACACAGGCCUCUACACGCUACAUGUCAUUAAGAGUAGUUUGCAAAUUGAAACAGUCAUUGGGCAGCUUCGUGUUUGUGAGUCAGUGACCCAGCCCUCCAUCCAAGCCAGCAAUACCAUAGUCUUAGAACUUGACCCUGUGGUCAUGACCUGCCUCACCAGUGACACUGCGGUCUCCAUCUUGUGGUUCUUCAAUGGGCAGAGUCUGCGGCUCACAGAGAGGACAAAACUGUCACAGGACAGCAGCACCCUCACCAUCGAGCCCAUCAGGAGAGAGGAUGCUGGGGGUUAUCAGUGUUCCAACUCGCUCUGUUCCAGAAAAAGUGACCCCAUCUCCUUGAAAGUGAUCUCAGGAGGAAACUCCACAGGCCUCUCUGGAGGGGCUAUUGCUGGCAUCAUGAUUGCAGUCCUGGUUGGAGUGGCACUGGCAGGUGCUCUGGGCUAUUUCCUGUUCUUCAGAAGGAUCAGCGGGACCUGUGGACAAUGUGACCUCAGACAGCACCAGCCCCCAGUGUCUGCCCCUGAACUCUCAGGAACCAUCCAGAGAAAGAGACAUUUUGUGAUCAGAGAAAAAGGUCCUUGCCCUCAGAAGCUGAAGCGGCCAGGCUUCUCCAGUGAGGGUGGUGGUGUUCCUUCAGCCCUGCUUUGUGGACCAGGGUCCUCUCACCUAAGGGACAGGUCCAAGUUCUCUGAUCACCAAGUGGGUCUCAAUCCAGCAGCUCCCAUCUACGAGGUCAAAGCUCUCCAGGAGGAGGCUGAGCACAGAGGGAGGAGGCUCCUCAGAGCUGACACUCAGGAGCAGCUGUGCUGGGAGCAUUUCUGGAGCCCAUGCUCUUCUCUCAGAGGGAGGACACAGCAGGCAGCAGCCCCCAUGGACCCCCGAUCAGCCCCUGUCCACAGAGGGUGUGUCCCCUGGCAGGGGCUCCUACUGGCAGUUUCUCUCAUAGCCUUCCGGAUACUGCCCACCACCACCCAGCUGACUGUGGAAUCAGUGCCGGCCAAUGCUGCUGAAUGGGAAGAUGUCUUCCUCCUUGUCUACAAUAUGUCAGGGAAUCCUACAGGUUUCGGCUGGUACAAAGGGGAACACGUGGAUCCAGACCAGCAAAUUAUAGGAUAUGAAACAGGUACACUUACAAUGACCAAUGGGCCUGCACAUAGCGGUCGAGAGACAUUAUACACCAAUGCGUCCCUGCUGUUCUGGAAUGUUACCCAGGGUGACACAGGAUACUACACGCUACUCAUCAUAAAAAGAGGUUUUCAAACUGAAAAAGUCACUGGGCAGCUACGUGUACACACAGGAGGAAACUCCACAGGCCUCUCUGGAGGGGCCAUUGCUGGCAUUGUGAUUGGGGUUCUAGCUGGAGUGGCACUGGCAGCUGCUCUGGGCUAUUUCCUGUUCUUCAGAAGGACCAGCAGGCCCGGUGAACAGCAUGACGUCAGAGAGCACCAGGCCCCAGUACCAACAUAUGCUGUGCUGGGAGCAUUUCUGGAGCCCAGGCUCUUCUCUCAGAGGGAGGACAUAGCAGGCAGCAGCCCCCAUGGAGCCCCCCUCAUCCCCUGUCCACAGAGGGCAUGUCUCCUGGCAGAGGUUCCUGCUGGCAGUCUCUCUCAGGAUCUGGACCCCGCCCACCACCAGCAGCUGACUGUGGAGUCAGCGCUAGCCAAUGCUGCUGAAGGGGAGGAUGUCCUCCUCGUCCACAAUCUGCCAACAGACCACAUAGGCUUCAGCUGGUUCAAAGGGCAAAAUGUGGAGCCAGACCAUCAGAUUAUAGGAUACGAAAUAGCCACACAAACAAUGACCAAUGGGCCUGCACACAGUGAUCAAGAAACAUCAUACACCAAUGCAUCCCUGCUAUUCCAGAAUGUCACCAACGCUGACACAGGAUAUUAUACGAUACAGGUCAUAAAGAGAGGUUUUCAAACUGAAAAAGUCACUGGACAGCUGCAUGUGCACAAUGAGCGCAGAGAGCAGGCUCUCCUGCCAGGCUCCUUGGAGCCACAGUAUUCUUGGUGGGUCAAUGAGAGGCCCACACCCAACAUCGGACCAGUGGUGCAGCCCUUCAUCCAAGCUGAUAAAACUACAGUGGCUGAAGGUGACCUCGUGAACCUGACCUGCCUUACUAAUGACACUGGGGUCUCCAUCCUGUGGUUCUUCAAUCAGCCGAGUCUUCGACUCACAGAGAGGAUGAAGUUGUCCUGGGACAACAGCACCCUCAGCAUAGAGUCCAUCAGGAGAGAAGACGAUGGGGAUUAUCACUGUGUGGUCACCAACCCCAUCAGUUCCAGCAAAACUUCUCUUUCAUUAGCUGCUGCCCCAAGGCAGAUGCUCAAGGCCUUCUCAGCUAAAAUUCAGUAUAGCGAAGGCCCAGCCCCCUCAGUUGUGGUCCACGCAGCAGUGAUCACUCUCUGGAAUGUAAAGACUCCUACACAAACACAGCCAGAUGAACCCCACGGACUAUGUGGCUUCUUAGUUUCCUCUAGAAACUGCUCCUUAUGGCAUGAGGAAGGGAAUGUCCAUCCCACCUGCACCAAGGGCACAAACAAGAUUAGGCAAGUGCCAGCCCUGAUUUUGCUCACAUUCUCAGUGGAGAAAGGGAAGCAACAGAGAAUCCAGAAUGUGAAGUCAGCCUCACUCCUCACUAUCUGGAUGUCCUCCACCAGUGCCAACUUCAUCAUUGAAUCAAUACCAUACAAUGUCACAGAAGGAAUGGAUGUUCUUCUAAAUGUUCAUUAUUUGCCAGAAAAUUUCAGUUUCUUCUUCUGGUAUGCUGGAGAUAACUUGACUAUGAGGCAUGUCAUAGCAGUGUAUGAGAAAGAGUUGGCAGUGUUUAUCCCAGGGUCUGCAUAUAGUGGGCGAGAGGUGUUUUACCCCAAUGGAUCCAUGCUGAUCCAGAACAUUACCCGGAGUGAUGUAGAAAAAUAUACCCUCAGCGUCAAGAGAGAUUAUCAUGAAGAAAAUGCAACUGCAGAGUUCCAAAUAUACUAUGGCCCGGAUAGGCCCAUCAUUCUCCCCAGAAUCUCCUAUUACCGUCCUGGGGUAUCUAUUGAACUCUCCUGUCACUCAGACUCUAACCCACCUGCAAAGCUUUACUGGACAGUGAAUGGAAAGUUACAGAAUUAUUCACAGAAGUUCUUCAUCCCUGACACCUCUGUGUCUGAUAGUGGAUACUAUGGCUGCUUAGCUGUUAACUCUGCCACUGGCGCCAGUCUGUUGGCACUCAGGUUUAUCUCCAUCAUUGCAGAAGGAAACACCACAGUUCUUCCCUUUUGUCUUAUUAUUGGUGCUGUGAUUGGGUUCACAACUGGGGUGCUAAUAGCAACUCUUGUGGGAUGUGUCCUGUUCUUCAGAAAUAAGAGAAGGACCCAUGGACAGAAAGACUGCAGAGAUCACCACCACUCCCCAGUGCCUGUACUUGGACGUCCUCCUUGCACCAGCUUUACCUACCCGGUUCCUGGACACGGGAUCAUGCAAACUGGCUCCAUCUAUGAGGAAUUACAACAUGCAGACAUAAACAUUUACUGUGAGAUCAACACGAAGCAACAUGUGGUUUCUUACUGGCUCACCCAGAAGCAGAAGCAGCUAUUGCCAUUUUCUCAGUCCCUUUCAUAUGCUGGAAACCUGACUUGGUUCCCACCCAGGCUGUGGAAUGAGAUCUGGUCAUGCCUGCACUUGAAGCACCAGGAGGCAUCAUCUACUACUGUCCGGAGUACUAUUGAUGUAGUACUACCUAAUCCUGUAGAAGGGGACAAUGUUCUUCUAAUUGUCCACAAUCUGCCUAAGGGUGUUGAGGGCUACAUUUGGUACAUGCAAGAAUACAUGUCAUUGAGGAAUACAAUUGGAACAUAUGAUGUACACACAAAUGUUUUACCCCAAAUGGGACACAGUGGUCGAGAAAUAAUUUACAAAAAUGGUUCCCUGAAGAUUCAGAAUGUCUCCCGGAAAGAUACAGGAUACUACAACUUAAAUGCUAUCCAGAAUAUUACUGAAUACUCAUGUGUAUCUAAGUUCCUCCACAUAUACUGUGAGUAUUCCUCUCCGACCUCUGGGUGUUACUGUUUGUUGACCUCAGAUCCACCAGCACAGUAUCUUUGGAAGGUCAAUAAUAAAGUUCAACACACCCAGGAGCUCUUUAUCUCACACCUCUCUACACAUGACAGUCGAUCCUACAAUUGCUUUGUCUUCAAUAAUUUCACCCGUUGGUUUAAGGAGGUGACCAAGAAUAUCACUGUCCUUGAUCAUUCCCUGAAGAAUAUCACAUGCCUUCGGUAUAGGUUCACACCUAUUAUCCAGGUGGCCAUUACAGAUUUUGGAGACAGGGCCAAGCUAUCCAUGAACAACCUCAUCCUCACCAUCAACAGCAUCAGGAAGGGGGACGCUGGGAGUUAUCAGUGUCAGGUGUCCAACCCCAUUAGUUCCAAAAAAAUCUCACUCUUACCCUACUGGAUAUCAUCUGCCACAGCCCAGAUGUCUAUUAAUAUAAUAUCAGCUGGUCCUCAUGAAGGAUCAAGUUAUCUAUUUCUUGCCAAAGAUCUUCCUAGGGAUGCUUAUGUCUAUUUUUGGUACUAUGGGGAAAAUUUGGAAACCAGGAACCUAAUCGGGGCAUAUUCCAAAUUCAAGAGAAGACAUUUCCCAGGGCCUGCCUUCAGAGGCCGAUCACACAUUUAUCACAAUGGAACCCUACUGAAAUUUUAUCAGAUGGAAGAGAAAAUCAUGAAGUUCAUCACAGUAUCCACUUCUGCUGCAGCUGUCUAUAGCGACCUAGCCCUGAAUGCCCCACCCUGCCCCAAUCCUCCCCUGAUGACUGACCUCCUUUGCUCCCUUCUCAGUAACACCUGUUCUAGGCUCACACUCCUGGGCAGCAGGAAAGGACACCAAAAUCAGUGGUACUGCCCUCAAUCUGAUCCAGUGGAAUUUCAGUUACAGAAAAUGACCCAAUCAUCCGGACCUUUCUCAUUAGUGACACUGAAGUCUCCACUCCGCGGGGUAGCCCUGGAUCUCGGUGUGAUAACCAACAUUGAAACAUCUUUGUGGGUGCCUCUAGUAUUGUCUAACAGUGUCAUAGACGGUUUCCAAUUGUCUGAACUGAAUAUUGAUUAUAUAUUUGAAUGUAUUUUGUCACGAGUCUCCUUGGGAUUGUUUAUCAAAGGAUCCAGUAGCUCUUUGGAUGAGUUUAGCACUGCACCAAACCAACUCUGGAUCCUAUACGAAGUGUUACUCUUAACCAUCUGGAUGCCAAACUAUACUACCCAGCUCAUUUUUCAAGUAGCCCCCAAAGCUCCCAAUGUUGGAGGAGGUGUUCUGCUAUAUGUGAAUAACAUAUCUACGGAUGCAUCUGUCUAUUUCUGGUACAUGGGGGAAAGUAUCUACUCAAGGAAACUAAUUUUAGCACAUUCAUAUCGCAAGAAAAGAACAUACUAUGGGCCUGCUUACAGCAGUCGAAUGGAACUACUUGACAAUGGCUCCCUGGGAAUUCUCAAUCUCACAGCGAAGGACACAGGAUACUUUACCUUCCGUGUUAUGAAGAGACACUAUCAAACAGAAGAAUUAACUAGGCAUGUCCGAGUCUACUCCUCACUCGUCACUCUUUGGAUAUCAAUGACCACAGCUCAGCUCACUAUAGAAAUAAUGCCACCCUAUCCCAUUCAAGGAAUGAGUAUUUUCCUAGAUGUUAAAAAUGUGCCCAAGGAUGCUUUUCUCUAUCUUUGGUACACUGGAGAUAGUUUGAUUACAAGGCGUCAAAUUGCAGCAUACAAAAAGAGCAAGAGAAAAGUGAACCCAGGGCCUGCUUACAGUGGUCGAGAGACAAUAUAUCACAAUGGAUCUUUGCUGCUUGAGAAUAUCACCCGGAGGGACUCAGGAUACUACACUUUCCAAGUGAUUAAGAAGUUUUUCCAGACAGAAGAAGUAAUUGAGCAGGUCCAAGUACACUUUCCAUGGUUCAAGCCUCCAAUCAGUACAGAAAAGCCACAGACUUGGGCAGAUGACCUCGCCAACGUGUCUAGUAACCUCACCUCUCCAAAAUAUAGAGGCAAAUUCAGACCAAGACCAGAGGUUUGUGAUCAUCUAGAAGAUGGCACUCAGGCACCUAUUGAAGGUGGAGAUGAGGCUGAGUACCACGUAUCCACAUGUAGUACAAGAAAGGUUCUAUUCACAGGGCAUCUGAGGGGCUACAAACAGCAGGCAACAACUGACAACCCAGUUCCAGAAAAACCAAAGAAUCAACUAUUUCUUCAUUUCUUCAUUGUAAAUCGGGAUGGAGCAGAGUGUCACAAUGCCAGUGAGUCCAAGGACUUCUCAGUAUUUCAGAGAACAUCAGGGCCUCCAAGUUCCUCACAGAAUCACUCCUCACGUGACCCACUCCUGCACAGCAAACACUUCCAAGGGCAGAGGAACUAUGGUUCCUACGCCCUAAUGCUCCAGUGUCUGCUUCGUGGUAACUGGAAGCUUGGGCCUAUAGUUGGAGGGAAGCUCAGCACAGAGGGAGGAAGCACCCAGGGGCUGACACCUCAGGAGCAGCUGUGCUGGGAGCAUUUCUGGAGCCCAAGCUCUACUAUCAGAGGGAGGACACAGCAGCCAGCAGCCAACAUGGAGGCACACUUGGUCCCUGCCCACAGAGGCUGUGUAUCCAGGCAGAGGCUCCUGCUGGCAGUCUCACUCUUAACCAUCUGGAUGUCAUCCGCUGCUGCUGAGAUGACCAUUGAAGUGACACCACCCAAUCCUGUUGAGGGAAAUGAUGUGAAUAUAAUUGUCCGCAAUCUGCCUAUUGACACAACUGUCCACUUUUGGUACAUCGGAAGAUCUUCAAUCUUCAGACAGCUGAUCGUGGCAUAUGAAAAAGAUACAAAAAAAAACUUCCCAGGGCCUGCAUUUACUGGCCAGGAGACAAUCAUCCAUAGUAGUUCUCUGCUGAUCAGAAACAUCACCCGGAAGCACACAGGAUACUACAUCUUCCAGGUCAUGAAGCCAUUUUAUCAAACAGAAGAGGUAUUCACAUGGCUGCGAGUACACUGUGAGUAUCCAUCCCUGACCUUUGAUUGCUUAUGGCUAGUACAUGAAAGUCAACUUUUACGAAUCUUCUGCCCCCCUAUCUCUGCCCCUGAUCCACUGGUUCUCUGUUGUGCAUUUGAAAACAACUACAUGCCUUCAGGACAAACACUCAAGGUAUUCAUCAAUGGCCCGGACACCCCCUUGAUUAGCCCAUCAUACGUCUUUUACCCACCAGGAGCAUCAGUCAACCUCUCCUGCUAUGCAGACUCUGACCCACCUGCUGAGUAUACCUGGCUGGUCAAUGGGAAAGUGCAAAAACCCAGCAGGGAGCUCUUUAUCCCCAACAUUUCUCAGAGUGUGGAUCAAUCAUAUACCUGCUAUGUCUACAACUCUGUCACUCGUUUACACAGGACUGCAGACAAGACUUUUGCAGUCAAGGAGCCUGUGUCAACACCCUCCAUCCGAGCCAGCAAGACUACAGCCAAAGAAAAUGAAACUGUGGUCCUGGUCUGCACCACAGAUAAAUCACAGGUCUCCUUCAGAUGGUUCCACAAUAACAAGAGGUUGAAGCUCACAGAGAGAAUGAAGUUGAUGUGGGAUGACCACAUCCUCACCAUCAACUCCGUCAGGAAGGAGGAUGCUGGGGAAUAUCAUUGUACGAUCUCCAACCAAGUCACUUCCAUCAAGAGUGAGCCUGUAAAGUUGAAUGUGUACUAA